AUGUCUAGUCGGCGGUCGGCUAUCAGCCGUCUCACCACUACCUGUCGCCGUCUGCUCGCGUCGCCGUCCAACGCGCUGCCGUCUGCAGCCGCGGGAUCCGCGAUUCGCUCCCCGCCCUCACCAUCUGCCGCCCUUCCGCACGACCACCGUCUGCUUGCGCGCGACAUUCCACAUCUGCGCGCGUCCGCCCAUUCACAGCCAUCGUUUCUUCCGCCGUUUUCUCCGCACACGCGCAACCUCUCCCGCCUCUCUACCGCUCCUCCUACAUCAGCCUCCCCCGAUCACGCGCUGCUUCCGCCUCCUCCGCAUUCCUCCUGCGCGCUUCCGCCAGCCACAGGGCUUUCGCCGUCGCUCCGCCGCUUCAGUGCUUCCGCGCACCUCUCCGUGGAUUCCAAGCCCCGCAGUCGAGACAGUGAGGAGGGGGGGAGCAGGUACAAUCGGGAAACCAGACGUAACGCGGCGGAGAAUCUGCGCGCGGAGCACCGGCGCGCGGCAGAGGACUGGCGCGAGGAGACCCGGCGCGCGGAGGAAUGGAUCCGGUACAGCGGAGAGCCGCCGCCGCCGCGAGACACCGCGCGCAGCGCCGCGGCCGGCACAUCUCGCAGGGGAGAUCAGCUCGCGCGGCCGCACGGCCCGCGCGGCGGCAGGGGGAGCGGCGAGCGGAGCGACUGGGGCGAGCGGACCAGUAGUGGCGGGCGGAGCGAUUGGGGCGAGCGGAGCGAUCGGGGUGGGCGGAGCGAUCGGGGCGGGCGGAGCGAUUGGGGCGGCCGGAACAAUCGGGGCGGGAGAAGCCGUGGCGGAGGGCGGGAACAGCAGCAGCACCACCCAAAGGCAGAGGCGGCGAGGCGAGCCGCGCGGCACAAGCGGAUCCUAGAAGAAGAGGAGUCGCCGUCGUUCGAGAAAUGGCUGCAGCGGCAGGGCGGGGGGAGCGCUGCACGCGAGGGCGGAGGGGGGAAGCAGUGGCGCGAGAAGAAGGUGCGGUGGGUGGCGGGGACGUAUGCAGAGAUGCGCGCUUCACAUGGCAUGCGGCUGCUGAACGCCCAGCGCGCAUGGAUGGAGAGUGAGGACGUGGCGAUGGUGGCGCGCCACCUCAUGCACAUGGACGGCCACGUGGCACGCACGGGGGGCGGGGAUGCGGGUGGGGGUGGGGGCGGAGACGCGGAUGGGCUAGACGUUGAAGGGGAGGAGGGGGAGCAGAGGGGUGCGGAUGGGGGAAGUGAGGGAGACGCACUGCAGCAGCAGUGGCAAGAGCAGGGGCAGGUGCAGAGGCAGCAGCAGGGGCAGGUGCCGGGGGGAGAGCAGGCGCAGGAGCAGGGGCAGGGGCAGGGGCAGGGGCAGGGGCAGGGGGGGGGGCAGGAGGAGUAUCACGGGCACGAGUGUGCAUUGCGAGUGCUCAAGUGGGGCCACAGCAUGGGCAUCUACUCGCCUGCCACGUCACCCCGCGAGGCCAUGCUGCUAGCGCGCCACCUGGCGGGUCGCCAGCGCGUCGCUGACAUGCUCGUGCUGACACAGAUGUUCCUCGCCGCCCGCCCGGCGCCUCCCGUUUUUGCGGAGGAGAUGCUGGCGGUGCUGGCGGCGUGUGUGCGGCACAAGCGGGCGGUAGACGCUGCGGCAGUGUACUCGUUUGUGAGGGGUGUGGGGUGUGCGGAGGGGGGAGGUGGUGCUGGAAGGGGAAGAGGGGUGCGGGAGGGUGUUGAUGGGGGGCGAGGGGAAGGGAGGUUGAGGCAGAGAGGUGUGGAAGGGGGGGAGGUGAAGGGGGAGGAGAGAGGGAGGGGAGAGGAAGUGGUGAUUCCGCAGAAGCUGCUUCAGAAACUUCUCGAGUAUCUGCAGCAGCCAGAGCACGCCGGUGUGCAUGCACAGGUGAAGGCACAUGUGGAGAAGGAGUUGCGCCUGCAUGUGGAGUAG